AUGAAGCCUACCAAAUUACUAGACGGUCACGGAAGUCUCUACAAAGAAGUCCGCUUCUCUCCGACCGAAACACCAAUCCAUCGCACACAAUCCGAUUCAUCUACGUUUCCUCCUGUGAUUUCAGGCUAUGGCCGAACCGCUUUCCAAGGCCCGGCGUUGGUGAAUUCAUUCACCAUGGAUACGUCCUAUAUUGACCAAUCGCACGCGCUUCUCCAAAAACAACAGCUGAACUUUGACACCGAAAGAGAAUUGUUUGCGCAGGAGCGCCGGUUAUGGGAGAAAGAGCGGGCGCUGUUGCGAUCGAAGAUUGCCGAGCUGGAGGUGUAUGUGAAAAGUCAAGGGAACAGAACAAAUCAAUUGGGAUCGGAGGGAGCCAAACUUGUGCUUGCAGGUGGGAUAUCUCAGUAUAGCACCAAUGGCAUCGCAGCUCAAGUGUGGGAGGGGACAAGUCCGGGUUAUCGGCCAACAAGGGUGUUUUUCGAUCAUGAAUCUCCAGACCACAACUAUCGAUCGCCAAUUUCCGAAAGUGGGAAUCUGCCAUCCCUUGAUCGGGCCCUUUCACCCCAUUCGCGACCGGUCGACCCUUCUGGAGCGCCUGUGAGUCAGCCAGUGCCGAUCGAAAAGCUUGACAGCACCCUGGACGGCAUAACGCUCAAGUCCACGGCGCUUCCACCCGCUGUGGUAGCGCGAGUGAUCACCCCGCCCUCCCCGUCGCCCCUGGUAACCUCCCCUGGAUCUGCCCCUGCAACCGCUGCAAGGCCUCUUAUGGAACAUCGACACAGUCUCAAACUGAAGCUGUCAGAGCUUGGCCCGCCCGAUGAAAACUUGCUCCGCCAUGCUGGUCACACCCCGAUGGCGAUCAUCGACGCUGAUGAUAGUCGACGGUCCACCCAGGACGGAACUCCGCUCGAGGUCGAGGAAGCCCCUCUGGCGCUCGUGGCGCACGUUCAUCAACCCGCCGAAACUGAGAUCUCCUACUUCCCGGAUUUGCCAGAUGACCCUGCUCUUAAGGGGCCCCUCGGUCUGAUCAAUGAUGAGGAGCGCGACUCGAAUUUCUUGAGCGAACUAGAUCAGAAACUCCUUGUUCAAGCGAAGAAUAUUCUAGGCAGCUCGGUAGAAUCGGCAGAUCCCAAUGAGACCGAUUCCGAGUCUGAGUUCCCUCGUCAAGGUGAUGAAGAGCCUGAAAUCAAGUUCAAGAAAUCCACUAAUUUCGGCACUGCAUUUGGCACAUCGAGGUCGGGUCAGGUCUAA